AAACACUCUCAACGCGCUAACGAGCCGUUUCUUCUCCCCUUCCCACUCUGUACUACUCAUUAGUCAUUACUCAUUUCGGAAGUGCGCACGUUAGCAACCUUGUCCGCUCUCACUCUUUCUUCGACCACUUUCUCUCUCAAUUCUGUUUCUCUCUCUAUAACGGCAUAACAACCAUUGCAACCGCCACACACAGGCUUAGCACAAUUGCUGACUUUCAGACUUCACCAAACGACACCGCUUUUCUAGGGCUCCGAUUCCGAUGAUAUGAAUUUCCGCCAGCGUCAACCCCAUGCGUCGCCGGUGGCCACCGCUACACCGGUCCGGGAGGAAGAGCCCUACAACAUAAUCCCCGUCUACAAUCUCCUCGCUGACCACCCCUCCCUCCGGUUCCCUGAAGUCCGCGCCGCUGCAGCAGCACUACGCGCCGUUGGAGACCUCCGGCGGCCGCCGUUCGGGCAAUGGCGACCUCACAUGGACCUCCUUGACUGGCUCGCACUCUUCUUUGGCUUCCAGCGCGACAACGUCCGCAACCAGCGCGAGCACCUCGUCCUUCACCUCGCCAACGCUCAGAUGCGCCUCACGCCGCCGCCGGACAACAUCGACACACUCGAUGCCGGCGUCCUCCGUCGCUUCCGCCGGAAGCUCCUCAAAAACUACAACUCUUGGUGCUCCUACCUAGGCAAGAAGUCCAACAUCUGGAUCUCCGACCGCCGCCGCGGCGGCUCCGCUGACUCUGAGCAGCGCCGUGAGCUCCUCUAUGUGUCCCUCUACCUCCUGAUCUGGGGCGAGGCGGCGAACCUCCGCUUUGUUCCGGAGUGCAUCUGCUACAUCUUCCACCACAUGGCAAUGGAGCUGAACAAGAUCUUGGAGGAUUACAUUGACGAGAACACUGGCCAGCCUGUGAUGCCUUCGCUUUCAGGUGAGAACGCUUUCCUCAACCACGUUGUGAAACCUAUCUAUGAAACUAUUAGGCGUGAGGUUGAUAGUAGUUGGAAUGGAACUGCUCCGCACAGUGCUUGGAGGAAUUACGACGAUAUCAAUGAGUAUUUUUGGAGUAGGAGGUGUUUUGAGAAGCUUGGAUGGCCCCUUGAUAUUGGUAGCAACUUCUUUGUGACGGGUAGCGGUGGGAAGCGUGUUGGGAAGACUGGGUUUGUGGAGCAGAGGUCGUUUUUAAACCUGCUUAGGAGUUUUGAUAGACUUUGGGUGAUGCUGGUUUUGUUCCUUCAGGCUGCUAUUAUUGUUGCUUGGGAGGAGAAGACUUAUCCGUGGCAAGCAUUGGAGGACAGGAGUGUUCAGGUUAAGGUUUUGACCAUUUUCUUCACGUGGAGUGGCAUGAGGUUAGUGCAGUCUCUGCUUGAUAUGGUGAUGCAGUUUAGGUUGGUGACAAGGGAGACGAUGGGGCAAGGUGUGAGGAUGGUGAUGAAGGUUAUUGUUGCAGCCGGGUGGAUUGUUGUGUUUGGGGUCAUGUAUGAGAGGAUAUGGUCUCAGAGAAACCAUGAUAGGAGGUGGUCAGCAGAAGCGAAUAGAAGGGUGGUGAAUUUUCUGGAGGUUGUGUUUGUUUUCAUCAUUCCUGAGCUUCUGGCUCUGGCCCUUUUUAUAAUUCCCUGGAUUAGAAACUUUGUUGAGAAUACAAAUUGGAGGAUCUUUUACAUGUUGUCAUGGUGGUUUCAAAGUAGAAUCUUUGUUGGUCGUGGCUUGAGGGAAGGUCUUGUGGACAACAUUAAGUACACAUUGUUCUGGGUUGUGGUGCUGGCCACAAAAUUUUGUUUCAGUUACUUUCUGCAGGUCAAACCCAUGGUUGCUCCAACAAAGGCACUGUUGAAGCUUAGGAAUGUUGAAUAUGAAUGGCAUGAGUUUAUUCAUAACAGCAACCGAUUUGCUGUUGGAUUAUUGUGGCUUCCGGUUGUUUUGAUAUAUCUAAUGGAUAUACAGAUUUGGUAUUCAAUAUAUUCAUCCUUUGUUGGGGCUGCUGUGGGGUUGUUUGCACAUUUGGGUGAGAUUCGAAAUAUGCAACAGCUGAAAUUGAGGUUCCAGUUUUUUGCCAGUGCAAUUCAGUUCAAUCUCAUGCCAGAGGAGCAAUUGUUGAAUGCAAGAGGAACAUUGAAGAGCAAGUUUAAGGAUGCCAUCCACAGGUUGAAGCUCAGAUAUGGGCUUGGUCGGCCAUUUAAGAAGCUUGAGUCUAACCAGGUUGAGGCCAACAAGUUUGCUUUGAUAUGGAAUGAGAUAAUUUUGUCUUUCAGGGAGGAGGAUAUCAUCUCUGACAGGGAGGUUGAGCUUUUGGAGCUGCCACAGAACUCUUGGAAUGUCAGGGUUAUCCGCUGGCCAUGUUUUCUUCUCUGCAAUGAGUUGCUGCUUGCACUCAGUGAAGCCAAAGAACUGGUUGAUGAGUCUGACAACAAGCUGACAAGAAAGAUACGCAAGAAUGAGUACAGACGCUGUGCUGUCAUUGAAGCAUAUGAUAGCAUAAAGCACUUGCUUCUUGAGAUUAUCAAACCCAACAGUGAAGAGCAUUCUAUUGUGACAGUUCUAUUCCAAGAAAUUGAUCACUCUUUGGAGAUUGAGAAAUUCACAAAAACAUUCAAAACCACUGCACUGCCUCUGCUCCAUAGCAAGUUGAUAAAGCUUGUUGAUUUAUUAAACAAACCCAAGAAAGAUGCUACUCAAGUGGUGAAUAGCCUUCAGGCCCUUUAUGAGAUUGCUGUCCGAGAUUUUUUCAGGGAAGAAAGGAAAACCGAACAGCUGAGGGAGGAUGGUUUGGCUCAACGUAACCCAGGUUCAGGUCUCCUUUUUGAGAAUGCUAUUCAGUUACCUGAGAUCAACAAUGAGAACUUCUAUCGGCAGGUUCGGCGUUUGCACACAAUUCUCACCUCCAGGGAUUCAAUGCAAAACAUCCCCAAAAAUCUAGAAGCUAGACGGAGGAUUGCCUUUUUCAGUAAUUCACUUUUUAUGAACAUGCCCCAUGCUCCCCAAGUUGAGAAAAUGUUGGCUUUCAGUGUUUUAACACCUUAUUACUCGGAAGAAGUAUUAUACAGCAAAGAACAGCUCAGAACUGAGAAUGAAGAUGGGGUUUCAAUCCUUUAUUAUUUGCAGACUAUAUAUGAUGAUGACUGGAAGAAUUUUAUGGAAAGGAUGCGUCGGGAGGGGAUGGUGAAAGACAGUGAUAUUUGGGCUGAUAAGCUUAGAGAGUUGAGGCUUUGGGCUUCCUACAGAGGCCAGACACUAACACGAACAGUUAGAGGAAUGAUGUAUUACUACCGGGCCCUCAAGAUGCUGGCUUUCCUGGACUCUGCGUCAGAAAUGGAUAUUCGAGAGGGAUCCCGUGAACUUGUUACAAUGAGGCAAGAUAGUUUAGAUGUUAUGAACGCCGAAAAGUCACCAUCUAGGAGUUUAAGCAGGGCAAGUAGUUCAGUAAGUUUGUUAUUCAAAGGCCAUGAAUAUGGGACUGCUUUAAUGAAAUUCACAUAUGUGGUUGCCUGCCAGAUAUAUGGAUCUCAGAAAGCAAAAAAGGAUCCUCAUGCUGAGGAAAUUUUGUAUCUGAUGAAAAACAACGAAGCUCUUCGGGUUGCCUAUGUUGAUGAAAUAACCACUAGUAGGGAUGAGAAGGAGUACUACUCCGUUCUUGUUAAGUAUGACCAACAAUUGCAGAGAGAGGUGGAAAUUUACCGUGUAAAGUUGCCUGGUCCCUUGAAGCUUGGGGAAGGAAAGCCAGAAAAUCAAAAUCAUGCCAUCAUAUUCACUCGUGGUGAUGCAGUUCAAACUAUUGAUAUGAACCAGGAUAACUACUUUGAGGAGGCACUGAAAAUGCGAAAUCUCUUGGAAGAAUACAGGCAUUACUAUGGCAUCCGGAAACCAACUAUUUUGGGAGUUAGGGAGCAUGUUUUUACUGGUUCUGUUUCCUCUCUUGCUUGGUUCAUGUCAGCUCAGGAAACAAGUUUUGUCACCUUAGGACAGAGGGUUUUGGCAAAUCCUUUGAAGGUUAGGAUGCAUUAUGGUCAUCCAGAUGUAUUUGACAGGUUUUGGUUCUUAACACGUGGUGGUAUCAGCAAAGCUUCCAGAGUGAUCAACAUCAGUGAAGACAUUUUUGCUGGCUUUAAUUGUACUCUCCGAGGAGGUAAUGUUACACACCAUGAAUACAUUCAGGUUGGAAAGGGAAGGGACGUUGGAUUGAAUCAAGUAUCAAUGUUUGAAGCAAAGGUUGCUAGUGGGAAUGGGGAGCAAGUCCUUAGCAGAGACGUGUAUAGAUUGGGUCAUAGGCUGGACUUUUUCCGCAUGCUCUCUUUCUUCUACACUACUGUGGGAUUCUUCUUCAACACAAUGAUGGUGAUUCUGACUGUAUAUGCCUUUCUAUGGGGUCGACUUUAUCUUGCCCUUAGUGGUGUUGAGGCUGCAAUGGAAAGUAACAGCAAUAACAAUAAAGCACUUGGUACCAUCUUGAAUCAGCAGUUCAUUAUUCAACUUGGACUUUUCACUGCCCUUCCAAUGAUUGUAGAGAAUUCCCUUGAGCAUGGGUUCCUUCAGGCUAUCUGGGAUUUCUUGACAAUGCAGCUCCAGCUUUCAUCAGUUUUUUACACAUUCUCAAUGGGCACUCGUAGUCAUUUCUUUGGCCGGACUAUUUUGCAUGGUGGGGCAAAAUAUCGGGCUACCGGACGUGGAUUUGUUGUAGAGCACAAGAGUUUUGCUGAGAACUAUAGACUCUAUGCACGUAGCCAUUUUGUGAAAGCAAUUGAAUUGGGGUUAAUUCUUGUAAUCUAUGCUUCACACAGUCCUGUGGCAUCUGACACAUUUGUGUAUAUAGCCAUGACCAUUACUAGUUGGUUCUUAGUGGCAUCGUGGAUUAUUGCACCGUUUGUUUUCAAUCCUUCUGGCUUUGACUGGUUAAAAACUGUGUAUGAUUUCGAUGACUUUAUGAACUGGAUUUGGUACAGAGGAAGUGUGUUUGCUAAGGCUGAACAGAGCUGGGAAAGGUGGUGGUAUGAAGAGCAGGAUCAUCUAAGAGUAACUGGCCUUUGGGGGAAAUGUAUGGAGAUAAUUUUAGACCUUCGUUUCUUCUUUUUCCAGUAUGGAAUUGUAUAUCAGCUAGGAAUUGCUGCUGGAAGUCACAGUAUUGUUGUUUACCUGCUGUCUUGGAUUUGUGUGGUUCUUAUAUUUGGGGUAUAUAUGCUGGUUGCAUAUGCCCACAACAAAUAUGCAGCCAAAGAGCAUAUAUACUAUCGGCUGGUCCAGUUCCUCCUCAUAAUUCUCGCAAUUCUUGUGAUAGUUGCUUUACUGGAAUUCACCAACUUCAAAUUUGUGGAUAUCUUUACUAGCCUGUUGGCAUUCAUUCCCACGGGCUGGGGCCUGAUACUGAUUGCCCAAGUAUUUCGGCCAUUUUUGGAAUCAACUAUAGUUUGGGAUGGAGUUGUUUCAGUGGCUCGUCUAUAUAUUGGGAUUUUGCUGAAUAACUUCUUUUUGUUUGACCCGAUGUUAUUGUAUGUCAAACUACGAACAACUUUAACACGAUAA